AUGUACAACGACGAGGGUUUGACGAUUGUUUCGAUCGAUGUUAAAGAUGUCAGAUUUCCAACAUCGAAAGAAUUUCACGGAUCUGACGCCAUGCACACAGAUCCAGAUUAUUCGUGCGCAUACGUUAUUAUCGAGACAAAAAACGGAAGGAAAGGUUACGGGCUAACAUUUACAUUAGGAAAAGGUACUGAAAUUGUGGUUCACGCCGUACGUUCUCUAUCGCAUUUAAUAUUAAAUAAAAACGCUCAUGAAAUUUUUAAUAAUUUUUCAAAUACCUGGAGAUCCAUAACAUCCGAAUCACAAUUAAGAUGGUUGGGUCCCGAAAAAGGUGUCAUACAUUUGGCAACAUCGGCUAUAAUAAAUGCAUUAUGGGAUUUGUGGUCGAGACUUGAAAGAAAACCCCUUUGGAAAUUAUUGUGCGAUUUAAAACCGGAAAUAUUAGUAUCUACAAUCGAUUUCCGUUACAUAACGGACGUUAUAACUCCAGAAGAAUGUAUAAAUUAUUUAAGAGACUCGUCGAUAGACGUUAGGGAAACGAGAGAAAAAAAGAUAAAAGAGGAUGGAUAUCCAGCUUACACGACUCAAAUCGGAUGGAUAGGAUAUCCUUUAUCCAAGAUUGAAACUCUUUGUAAAGAUUAUCUGGAUAAAGGAUUUACUGCUUUUAAAAUAAAAGUUGGACAAAGUUUAGAAGAUGAUAAAAAAAGAUGUCAACUCGUUCGUAAAAUAAUCGGAUCAAAUAAUUUAAUGUUACUUGAUGCUAAUCAAAAAUGGGAAAUUAACGAAGCUAUUGAAUGGAUGAAACAACUAUUAACGUAUCGGCCAUAUUGGAUCGAAGAACCUACGUCACCGGACGACAUUUUAGGAAAUUCCGUUAUAUCAAAAAAUUUAAAUUGUCACGGCGUAAAAGUUGCUUCAGGAGAAAUGUGUUCAAAUCGUGUAAUGUUUAAACAAUUUUUUCAAUCGAACGCAUUUCAAAUUUGUCAAAUUGAUUCCGCGCGUCUCGGAGGUGUCAACGAAUUACUUUCUGUUUAUUUCAUGGCUAAAAAAUUCAGAGUUCCCGUUUGUCCGCAUGCGGGAGGAGUAGGACUUUGCGAAAUGGUUCAACAUUUACAAAUAUUCGAUUAUAUUUGUUUGUCGGGUACGACGAAUGAUAGAAUGAUUGAAUAUGUCGAUCAACAACACGAACAAUUUGAAAAUCCUGUCGUUGUUGUAAAUGGAAAAUAUAAAAUACCCAACACACCUGGCUACAGCACAAAAUUACACGAUCACGUUUUUUCCCUAUACGAAUAUCCAAAUGGUGAAAAAUGGAAAAUUACUAAAACCGAUGAACAUGAAUAA